AUUCGAUAUAUUGCUAUCUGGGUUUUGAUUAUUUUGUGAAUUUGGAGAUACCCCAGUUCAAUUUGUGUAAAUUUAUAAAGACCCAAUUGAUCAUUGGGUCAAAAACAGUGUAGAAUUGAAAUUGAAUUUUUGUGGGUUUAUAGAAAAAUGGGUCAAAAUUAUGUGUUGAAAGAGGAAGAAAAGGCUUUGGUGCAAGCUGUUGUAGGGAAAGAUGCAUAUAGUUUCUUGAUGUCAACAGCAUAUGAUGAUUCAUUAUCAGAAUUUAAUCCCCCAGGUGACAUUUUAAACCUGCAACAAGGUUUAUGUCAAAUUGUUGAUGGAUCUAGUUGGAAUUAUGCAAUCUUUUGGCAAAUUGCUAGCUCUAAGAAUGGUAGAGCUGUGUUAAUUUGGGGUGAUGGGCAUUGCCGAGACCCGAAAGCGGUGUUAGCUAGAGAAGGUUUAGAUUGUGUUGGGAAUGGUAAACUUGGUAAAAAUGAGGCCAAAAAGAGAGUUCUUGAGAAAUUACAUGCUUGUUUUGGGGGUUCUGAAGAAGAUAAUUUUGCAGCAACAUUAGAUAAAGUAUCAGAUAUAGAGAUGUUAUAUCUUACAUCAAUGUAUUAUUGGUUUCGAUUGGAUUCUUCGUUAGGUCCUGCAAAAUCUUUCACUAGUGGUAGGCCGAUUUGGGUUUCGGAUGUUAGAAGUUGUUUAGAUCAUUACCAAUCAAGAGCACAUUUAGCUAAAUCUGCAAUGUUUCAGACUGUUGUAUUUGUGCCUGUGAAAACAGGCGUUUUGGAGUUGGGUUCUGUAAGAACAGUUAUGGAACAACCUAGUUUGGUGCAAAUGGUGAAGACUGUGUUUGGUGAAUCACAUUCUUUCCAAUCAAAAGUAACACCUAAAGUUUUCGGCCGUGAUCUUAGCCUUGGUGGCUCUAGACCGCGAUCAAUGAACAUAAGUUUUGCAGGAAGAAUGGAAGAUGAUGCUUCUUUUUCUGCAGAAUCUCAUGUUGCUGUUAAUGGGUUGUCAUUGUCACCAUCUAAUGGGAAGAAUACUGAAAACAGUGACAAGAAAUUCUGUUCAGAGAUCAAUUUCGGGGGUUCAAACCCAGAAAGUGAUGAAGUCAGUGAAGAGUUUUUGUUGCACGCAGCUGAGUUAAGAGCACGUAAGAGACCGGUUAGAAGACCUGCUACUGGUAGAGAAGAUGCAUCAAGCCAUGUUUUAGCAGAAAGACAAAGAAGAGAGAAGCUAAAUCAACGGUUCUAUGCUUUGAGAUCGCUUGUUCCAAAUAUCUCGAGAUUAGACAAAGCUUCACUACUUCUUGAUGCCAUUUCAUACAUCAAUGAUCUUCAAGCUAAGAUUAAUGUUCUUGAAGCUGAAAAAGAGGGUGCUAAUCCUAAUCCUAACCCUAACCCUAACCCUAACCCUAACCCUAACCCUAAUUCGGAUCAAGAAGAACUUCCAAUCCCUGAAAUUGAUUUUCAGGCGAGGCAGGAUGAUGCACUUGUUCAUAUUAGUUUCCCUCUUGAUGAUCACCCGGUUUCUAAAGUUGUAAGAACUUUGAGGGAACAUCAACUUGUUGCACUUGAGGCUAAUGUUAGCACGAUAGACGAUAAAAUGGUUCAUACGUUCAAAAUCCGAGCUCAAAGUGAUGGGGCUGAGAGUCUUAAGGAGAAGCUAGAGGCUGCUCUUUUUAAAAUGAGUGUAAAUUGUGGGAUUAAAGAGGAAGAUAAGGCUAUGUUAGAAGAUGUGGUGGGAAUUGAUGCUUGUAAAUUCCUGAUGUCUAGAGGUUGUGGUGAAGAUUUUAAUACUGAUUUUACACCUAUUGGUAAUGGUAUGCUGAAUCUUCAACAAGGGCUUUGCCAAAUUGUUGAUAAUUCUAAUUGGAAUUAUGCAAUUUUCUGGAAAAUUGUUAGCUCUAAGAAGGAUGGUAGACCAGUGUUGAUUUGGGGGGAUGGGCAUUGCCGAAACCCCCUGAAAGAAGAAGGUAAUGGUGAGACAAGUAAGAAAGAUGAGGCAAAGAAAACGGUUCUUGAGAAGUUACAUGCUUGCUUUGGUAAAUCACAGGGGAGAAAUUUUGUUGCUAAUUUGGAUAAAGUAUCAGAUAUAGAGAUGUUGUAUCUUACUUCAAUGUAUUAUUGGUUCUGGUUAGACUCUUCAAUGGGUCCUGCAAAAUGUUUUACCAGUGGUAGACCGAUUUGGGUAUCAGAUCAUAAAACCUGCUCAGAUCAGUACCAAUCUCGAGGUCAGUUAGCUAAAUUAGCUAAUUUUCAGACUGUUGUGUUUGUGCCUUUGAAAACUGGUGUAUUGGAGUUGGGUUCUGUAAGAAUGGUAAUGGAGGAGCAUAGUUUGUUGCAAAUGGUUAAUCAUAUCUUUAAUGGUGAACGUGAAGCUCGAUCUUUACAGUUACAGGCUAAGGCUUUUCCUAAGAUUUUUGGGUGUGAGCUUAGCCUUGGUAGAUCAAAACCACAACCAAAGUUGGAAGAUGAUGGUGUGUUUUCUGCAGAAUCUGAAUCCCAUGUUGGUGGUGGAAGUAAUGUGGAAGAAAAUGGGAGUAAUAAAUUGGUUUCGGAGAUCAAUUUCCGGGGUUUAAAUCCCGAACCAGAGAAAGCAGAAGAACUUCCAUUGCAGCCAAAACCCAGAAAAAGAGGUAGAAAACCUGCAAAUGGAAGAGAAGAACCAUUAAACCACGUCGAAGCAGAAAGACAAAGACGUGAGAAACUCAACCAACGGUUCUAUGCUUUGAGAGCGGUUGUCCCCAACAUAUCAAAAAUGGACAAGGCUUCCCUCCUUGGUGAUGCGAUCUCUUACAUUACCGAUCUUCAAAUGAAGGUUAAAACACUUGAAGCUGAAAAGGCGAUUGCUAAUCCGAAUCAAAAACACAUGGUUAUCCCUGAAAUUGAUUUCCAAACAAGGGAAGAUGAUGCACUUGUUCAUGUUAGUUUCCCUUUGGAUCUUCAUCCUGCUUCAAGUGUUGUAAGAACACUUAGGGAUAAUCAAGUUGUUGCUCCCGAAGCUAAUGUUUCAACAACGGAUAACACGAUUGUUCAUACAUUUACUAUCAGAACUCAGAAUGGUGGUGCUGAGAAUUUGAAGGAGAAGCUUCAAGCUGCACUUUCACUGUAAAAUACCUUGAUGUUUGCAGUAAUGAGUAAAAAUACUUUCCCUUUUGAAGUUUUAAUCUUCUUCUUCAUCUAUUGAUCUAUGUGUAUCUGGUGUUGGUUAUAGUUUUUGUUAUAUAUUAAUUUAUCAUGUAUGAUUUACCUUAUAUAUUUUGAUAUGCAUACCUGGUAUAUGACUA